AUGGGAUAGUAAGAGAGUUUUAAGUUAAAAUGUUAACAAGAUAAUCAUCAAGAUGAGAUAGAAACGAUCUGUUAGAAUUAAUUUUGUAAAGAUUUCAGACUAAAUUGCUUUAAAUGUAAUAAGAAGGGAAGAAUCCAGCAUGUUGAUCAUUUUGAUGAAGUUGAAAAAUUCAAUAGUUUGAUUGAAUUUAUUGAAAAUACAAAUAAAGAAUGUGAUAAUUUGAUAGAUGAACUUAAUACAUAUGUAGAAAGUCUGAAUCAAUCAUUUUCUUAUUUAAAAAGUGGAAUCAGAUAAAAAUGUUCAUUACAAAAAGAAAGAUUAAUUAAUUUAAACUCAUUGUAAAUAAAUGACUAUUUGAAUUCAACCAUCAAAUUCAUUGAAUACAAAUAAUCAAUUACAAAAAUAAUAUCAGAUUAAACAAAGAAGUUAACUCAUACAUUUAAUAAUUUAUAUGAAUAAUUAUAAUUAUCGUCAAUUAAUUAUUAUUAAAUAGAUCAUAAUUCUAUAAAAUUAUCUAAUGAUUUUUAUGAUAAAGGUAAUUUUAAAUUAUAAUAUUUAGGUUAUGAUUUAUAUAUUAAUUCUAAAUAUGAUGAGGCAAUAGUUCUUUUAGAUAUGUCAAUAUAACAAAAUGGUAAUAACUAUUUAUCUUUAUGGUGCAAAGGUGAAGAUUAUUGAAAAAUAAUAGGUGCAUGUUUAAUAUUUCUAAAGAAAUACAAGGAUGCAAUUAGUUGUCUAGAUAAAACAUUAGCGAUUGAACCAAAACAUGCUUUUUCCUUAUAUUACAAAGGUAGAUUGAAUCACAAUACAUUUAAUAGGAGUAUGUUUAAGAAAUUUAAAUAAAUAUGAAGAGGCAAUCGGUUGGCUGGAUAAAGCAUAAGCUCUUGAUCCUAGUGAUGUUGAUUUUUUAUUUGAGAAAGGUAGAUUGAGUCAUAGUUAAAUUAAUAGGCCAAUGUUUAAGAGAUUUAAAACAAUAUGAAGAUGCAAUCAGUUGGCUGGAUAAAGCAUUAGUUAUUGAUCCUAAGCAUGUUGAUUCCUUAUUCGAGAAAGGUAGAAUGAGCCAUAAUUAACUUAAUAGGUUAAUGUUUAAGCUUGUUAAAGAAAUACGAAGAUGCAAUAAAUUGGCUGGAUAAAGCAUUAGCUCUUGAUCCUAGUAAUGUUUAUUCCUUAUUUGAGAAAGGUAGAAUGAGUCAUUAUUAACUUAAUAGCUUAAUGUUUAAGAUCGUUAAAGAAAUACGAAGAUGCAAUAAUUUGGCUGGAUCAAAUAUUAGCUAUUGAUAAUAAGAAUAUUAAUUCCUUAAUUUAGAAAGGUAAAUUGAAUCACAAUUAAUAGGUGUAUGUUUAAAAAGAUUAAAUAAAUAGGAGGAUGCAAUUAGUUGGCUGGAUAAAGCAUUAGCUAUUGAUCCUAAGCAUGUUGAUUCCUUAUAUUAAAAAGGUAAUUUAAUGACAAUAUAAUUAAAAGGGGUAUGUUUAAAAAACCUAAAUCAAUAUGAAGAUGCAAUUAAGUGUUUAGAUAAAGUUUUAUAUAUUGAUCCUAAGCAUUUUCUUUCCCUAUUUGAGAAAGGUAGAUUGAGUAAUAAUCAAAAUAAUAGGUUAAUGUUUAAGAUUGUUAAAGAAUUACGAAGAUGCAAUCAGUUGGCUAAGUAAAGCAGUAGUUAUUCAUCUUAAGAAUAUUAAUUCAUUGUUUGAGAAAGGUAUGUUGAGUCAUAAUUAAAUUGAUAGGUUAGUGCUUAAUCAUUUAGAUGGAUAAUGCAUUAGCUAUUAAUCCAAAACAUGUUUUUUCCUUAAGUGAGAAAGGUAAGUUAAAUCAUUAUUAAUUUAAUAGGCAAAUGUUUAAGAAUAUUGAAAAAAUAUAAUGAGUACUUGUAAUUAUUGGAUUAAGCGCUCUCCAUUAAUCCCUAACAUACAUUAUCUCUUUAAACAAAAGGUAUCUAAUAAUCUUAAUGUUUAGGAGAUUGUUUAAGAGAUUUAUAAAAUUAUCAAGAAGCUCUGAUUUAUUAUGAGAAAUCAUUAACUAUUGAUCCAAAUGAUCAAUAUACAAUAUAUUAAAAGGGUAUUAUAAAAUUAUUUAAUAGAUUUUUGUAAGAAGAUAUUAUUACAAUAUAGAUUAAUCAUAAAAUGA